AUGGGCAUCAUGCCAUACGACGUUACACUUGUUGUAGAUGCCAAGCUAUUGGUAUUUGCCAACAAGCAAGACCUUCCGAAUGCAAUGACAACGGUGGAAAUCACGAAAGCCUUGGAACUGGAAGCAAUAAGGAAUAGAGAGUGGCACGUUCAAUAUACAAACGCUAUCACCGGUGAGGGUCUUAUAGAAGGCCUCGAAUGGCUUCACUCUGUCGUCUUCAAAUGA